CAAGGAUAUUGGAUAAAGGUGAAAUAAUUCGGUGCAAGUGUGUAGUUUUUUGUGAGAAGAAAGGAAGAAAAAUGGCACGAACUGUAGCAAGGAAUUUGGCAGCUCCAUUGCUGUUUCUGAACUUGAUUAUGUAUUUUAUUGUGUUGGGAUUUGCAAGUUGGUGUAUGAAUAGGUAUAUCAAUGGCCAAACUAAUCAUCCUAGUUUUGGAGGAAAUGGGGCUACCAUGUUCUUUCUCGUAUUUGCCUUACUCGCUUCCGUCCUGGGAAUUGUGUCGAAAAUUGCAGGCGGGAAUCAUCUACGAGUAUGGAGAAAUGACAGUCUUGCUGCUGCAGGCUCAUCGUCCUUAGUUGCGUGGGCAGUGACUGCACUCGCUUUUGGUUUGGCUUGCAAGGAGAUAAACGUAGGAGGGUGGAGAGGAUGGAGGCUAAGGGUAGUCGAAGCUUUCAUUAUAAUUUUGGGGGUCACUCAACUGCUCUAUGUUAUGUUGCUUCAUGCAGGGUUUCUCAGCAGCCGGUAUGGACCCGGGUACAGGGACCCCGGCUACGGAGUCGGAGCGCCUGGAGAAGAGCAUGUACCCAAAGGUGGUGGUGUCACUGGGACAAGGGUUUGAAUACUUAUGUUUUCCUUUCGAAUAAACGAGAAACAAUGUUUAGAAGUGUUUUAUUUUCAUUUGCUGUUACUUUAUGUUUAGUAAGUGAAUUACUUGGAUUCGACACUUGAAUAUGUUGUCGACUUCUGGUUUAUGUAAAUGGUGCUAGUGGAUCACUCGUGUCUUAUGAUCACUAGUUUUGGGUGUUGAAAUGUUUGGAUGUUUUCUCCUUUAUUUUCUGCUUGUAAUAAGUGUUUCCUUAUUUUCUACUUGUCUACUUGUAAGAA